AUGCAGAUUGAUCGGACCGCCUUCGCGGCGGCAGACGUGGUGAGAGACAUCUGGGAGAGCUUAGAGCUUCCACGCCAUGCAUUAGACGCAUUGAAAUUACCUGGUCCCAGCGGCCCAUCACUACCAUCGUCCUUCAAGAUUGGCAUCCUGGCUCAAAGCACCAUUGCCCUAUCAGCGCUUGCUGCAGCGCUUACCUAUGCCACCACUCGCUCCGAGAGCAGACAGCUUCCACGAGUAGAAGUGUCUCAGCUAGGCGCAGUAAUCGAAUUCAAGUCCGAGCGUCUAUUCACGCUCCACUCAUCAGUGACGCCGUCGCGGGACGUGAGAGCACCUGGUGGAAUCUAUCGGACAUCGGAUGGCUAUAUUCGUCUACACGACGCCUUCCCACAUCACAUAUUGGGCACACUCGAGCUGUUGGGUGUUCCGAAGACGGCUAGUCGAGAAGAUGUUUCCAGAGCCAUUCUGAAAUGGAAAAGUGUGGAUCUGGAGACCGUCGGAACGGCAGAAGGAAAACUAGUUAAUUAUGCUCUGCGGAGCUAUGGGGAAUGGGACGUUCUGCCUCAAUCAAGGGCCAUCAGCAAUAACCCCAUUCUCUUGCAGCAGAUUGACCCAGGCCCACUGAAGGCCCUGCCGAAUACACAUAGCAAGAAAUGCUUGCACGGGCUACGUGUGGUCGAAAUGAGUCGUGUCAUCGCGGCGCCCGUGUCGGGUAUGACCCUUGCGGCGCACGGUGCUGAUAUUCUCUGGGUGACAUCCCCGAAUCUUCCAGACCUGCCCGAGAUUGACCGUAACUUUAGUCGGGGGAAGCGGACAACUCAGUUGGACCUGAACCGUGCGUCUGACAAGGAACAGCUCAUGAAGCUGCUUGAGACCUGUGAUGUUUUUAUUCAAAGCUACCGGCCGGGGAGUCUCGCUGAUGCAUAUGGCCUGACUGCAGAAGAGCUUGCUCGCAUCAACCCAAACAUAAUUUGCGCAAAUCUGUCGGCGUUUGGCCCAGAAGGGCCCUGGGCGAAUCGUCGUGGCUUCGACUCGCUGGUUCAGACGUGUUCGGGUAUGAAUGUGUCAGAAGCAGAGCACGCUGGGAAAGGAGAACCCGCUCGAGCAAUGCCAUGUCAAGCUCUUGAUUACUCGAGCGGAUAUCUCCUCGCGACCGGUAUCAUGGCUGCUCUCCAUCAUAGAGCCACGAAAGGAGGCUCGUGGAGAGUUGACGUUUCACUUGCGGCUGCGAUGAAAUAUCUUAGGAGCCUGGGACAGUACCCCGGUGAUACGGGAUUUCAAGCUGCAGAUUUUAAUUGCGCAGAGGAUGUGCCGGGGGAGUUUUUCGAGACGCGAGAAACCGGCUUUGGUUUAAUGACGGCAAUUAAGCAUACACCUAUUAUCGAAGGGUGCGAAAUUGGUUGGGAUGUGAUGCCAAAGCCGAUGGGGUCUGACAAACCAGAAUGGCAGACUUAA